CGAACCACGAUCACCGCGCGAGCAGGAAAGAGCACACGGUCGUGACUUCGCAUUCCCGUCCAAAGGAGAAGGAAAAUAGGAACCGUACUGCGGCAGCCGUCUGGAUGUCGACGGACGUUGGGGAUCUCCUCACGAAGACAGGUGUAUCAGCCUCCCUCGAUCACCAGCGCGCCGGAUACUCCCCUACUCCCCGUGACGCCCUCGUCCUCAACACUCAGCUGCGCUUGCUAGACCAUGCGGACGAACGUCUGACUUCCGAGAUCGCCAGACUUGCGGAGCUGAGGGACCGUGUCCGCAAACAAGCUGCGAUCCAUACUUCCCUUCUUUCACCCUGCCAUCGCCUUCCUCCCGAACUUUGGUCGACCAUCUUUCUUAUGGUCCUGGGUCACGGCUGGUCUAGCGACGCCGCUGGCGCGAGACCAUUCAGGAUCGCUCAAGUCUGCCAUCGAUGGCGCGCCAUCAUCUUUCAGACGCCGCAACUCUGGACAGACAUCUACAUACGUCCAUGCCGUGGACCCGACGCGCAGAUGUACAACGUUGAAGGCAUCAAGAACGAGCUCGCCAGGACCGGCCGAGCCCCGCUCAAUGUCCAUGUUGACCUCAUUGACGAGGACGAACACAUGCGCUUCCGGGAACGAGUCAGAGGACCCUUCCGCGCGGCUUUCUGGUCCACCGACAUAUGGGAGGCGCUCUGCGCGCACGUAGACCACUGGGAGAGCGCCUUUCUGGGCGACGUCUCCGCGUCUGCCUUGGCAGCAUACACGUACCGUCCCUUGACUUUCCCCGCGCUCCGAUUCCUCAGCUUGCGAACUCAUAACGAGGACGACCCUGAUAUCACUACCGAACUACCCUUGCGUCUGUUCAGCGAUGCACCGAACUUGGAAAACCUUCGUAUUCAAUAUUGGGAACCACCGGCCGUCCCUCUGCUCCUCCCAUCUUCUUGGAGGCUUACCCGGCUGGUCAUCAACUGCGAGCUCGAGCCCGACGCCCCGCUUUCACCGUGUCUGCCCCUCAUACUGGCAUGCACGUCGUUGGUCGUGUGCGAAGUGUCAGCACCCGUUUUCGGGGCGCCCGUAGAGGGCCACACUCGCGCUGUCUUCCCCGCCCUCCAACAGCUGAGCCUCAUGUACGCCGGCAUUCACUUCUGUCGUCUGAUGUCCGCACCCGCUCUGGAGUACCUCUACCUCGGCGAAAUGCCUCUCGAGGAUUCACCGGUCAACGAAAUCACCGCCUUCGAGUCCUUGCUCGACAACUCCAACGACUGCCCGUCCCUCCGCGACCUCGACCUCCGCGGCUUCGACUGCACCGCGCGCGAGGUCGUUCGCUGCCCCGCACGCCUUCCGCACCUCGAGCGCCUCUCGGUGAGGAACAACGAGUAUUUCGAGCGCAUGGAGCCCCCGGCGUCUAUGGACCUUAUCCGCGCGUUGACGCGCGACUCGCCGGCGUCACUCGCGUUCCUCCCGCGUCUCGAGUAUCUGGAUCUCGGCUACGCGCACGGCAACGAAAACCCGGAGGGAUUGGACGAGGCUAUGGGAACGAUGAUGCAGUCGCGGAUGCGUCCGUCUCCGUUGACGGCCGGACAAUCGCUCGUUUACCUGCGCCGUUCUUCGUGAAACAUGUCCACGAGCGCUCCCGUAGUAACAAUAACGACCGGGAGGAAGCCUUCCCCGGCCCGUGCAACGACGCGGAGUACCCACGAACACCGCGUACGAGCUUUUUGUACUUAAUCUUCGUGUCUACUGCGAAGCGCAGGUGCUCUGCUUAUUUGAAUCUCUGCGCACUCGCC